AUGCUUAGCCGACGCCGCCCCAGCGAAACUCCUCCCAAACUGUUCUCCGUCCCCCUGCCGGGAUCCCGCAGCCCCCGCCUGGCCCCCUGCAGCCGAGGGGAGCCCCCUGUCUCUUUCGCCAGAGGGAGAAGCGGAUGGGACCUCCGGGAGCUGGGCAGAGGGCGCCCCGAAGCGCGCACCUCUCUUCGCCAGCGCCGGGGCUGCGCCGGCCCACGCGACAUCUGUCGCCCGCGCUCCCGGCUCACACCCCGCGCACCCCCGCAGCUCCCCGGGCGUUGCCACCCCCCACGCUCCGGCUGCCGCCUCUUCCUGCAGACGCCGCGCCAGCUUCCCAGGGUGUUGGCGCACCGCGAGGCUCGGCCGCGACCCGAGCGCUCGGCAUCUGCGGGCCGUGACUUCGGGGCUGGCUUUCUCACUUUCCGGCCCGAGACCCACCCGUGGUGGGCUCAGCCUGAUUCUCUCCACCCCCAUUCUCUGCAGCUCUCCUCUGGAUUCCAGAACCUGAAAAGACAGUCCUGA